GCCCUGAGCUCUUCGAGUAAGCGAUAUCAAAGAAAACACAGAAAAAUAAAUGAAUGAAAAUGAGCUCCCCGCGGGGUUUGAAGCCCCACAGCGUGGAGAACUGAACCAGGAGCCCCGUGUGUUUCUGAGUGCAGCGGCUGAGUCACCAGCAAGAUUUGCCUGAGGUGAGCUCCGCACAUCCGCGUUCAGACUCGCGGACACGCCUUCUUCUCACACAGACCUUCCAGAUCCGAGUCACUGCGGACUCCAGGGGGUGGUGCUACCAGCCCCGCCACUUGCAGCCCUGACGGCCGGGGACUGGGGACCGAUCCGGAGCCACAGGUUGGAAAAAUAAGGAGCCGUCCCCAUGCCUGUCGCCCUGUGAGGCAGAUCCCGGGUGGCUGUUCCUGGGCUUGGGCAGGGGAAGGAAAGCUCCGUGAAAUCCGACACCCGGCCCUCUCGGCUAGGAAACUUCGCAGGCUGGCCCACCAAGACCAUCACUAUGACCGAUGGGGACUAUGAUUAUCUGAUCAAACUCCUGGCCCUCGGAGAUUCAGGAGUGGGGAAGACGACAUUCCUUUAUAGAUACACGGACAAUAAAUUCAAUCCCAAGUUCAUCACUACAGUAGGAAUAGACUUUCGGGAAAAACGUGUGGUUUAUAAUACUCAAGGACCAAAUGGAUCUUCGGGGAAAGCGUUUAAGGUGCAUCUUCAGCUUUGGGACACGGCAGGACAAGAGCGGUUCCGGAGCCUUACCACCGCAUUUUUCAGAGACGCCAUGGGCUUCUUGUUAAUGUUUGACCUCACCAGUCAACAGAGCUUCUUAAAUGUCAGAAACUGGAUGAGCCAACUGCAAGCAAAUGCUUAUUGUGAAAAUCCAGAUAUAGUAUUAAUUGGCAACAAGGCUGACCUGCCAGACCAGAGGGAAGUCAAUGAACGGCAAGCCCGGGACCUGGCUGACAAAUACGGCAUACCAUAUUUUGAAACAAGUGCAGCAACUGGACAGAAUGUGGAGAAAGCUGUAGAGACCCUUCUAGACUUAAUCAUGAAGCGAAUGGAACAGUGUGUGGAGAAGACGCAAGUUCCCGACACUGUCAAUGGUGGAAAUUCUGGAAAGCUAGAUGGGGAGAAGCCAGCAGAGAAGAAAUGUGCCUGCUAGAUUCUCCAUAGUAACUGAUCAUCAACAACCCACCCAUAUUACUUUCAAAAACAAUGACAAACCACAAGAUUGUUGUUGAGUAGACCAUGCACAAUGGCAUGCCCUUCUUUUUCUGCCAGAAAAUCUAUUUUAAGAAACAAGAAUAGUCAACAGAGUUCAAAGAAUUGACCAGUUAUCCCUGAGGCCCUUCCAAACAAGAUCAAAGAUUUCCUAAAGUGAUUUCAUCAUUACGGACGCUCAAUUUGUUUUUCAUAUAAAGAAGAUGAGUGUGUAAGACA